CGUUUGACCGACUAACAGCAACUCUCUUACCGGCCUUCUUUACCCUCUCCCUAAGGUCAACGUCUGCCUUCGCUUGUCCACAUUUACAACUUGACACGGCCGAGAAAAUACCACGACUGACACCAUGGAGUCGUACGGUCGCGAAGAUCGACCGACCACCGACUCCUACCGGCGGAGAUCUCCUGGUAAGUCCAACAGCCCUGGCGUUUAUGAGGGUCCAAGAGCUCGUUCCGGACGCGAGAGAUCCCGAUCUCCGAAAAUAAUCGAUAGAUACCAACCGGAUCGUUCGUCACGAGAUGAUUACUACCGCGGUCGUGACGAUCUUCACCACCGUCGGCGCUCAUCUCCCCCACCAAUCCAGGCAGGAAUCGAUCGAUAUGUCCCUGGCCAAGACCCCGCCCCGGUUACCGUUGCCAAUCCUCUGCCAAAUCCAUUAACACUGGACUACCAAGUUGGAUUCAAUUGGUUUGCCGAGUGGUGGCGCAUGGAUCAGCUCGUCAAGGAGGAAAAGGAACGGCAGCAGAAUGGAGGUCGUAGAGUCGAGCGUGUCAAAGGCGAGCGUGAAGCUCGGGAAGAGCGCGGCCAGGAAAGAGAAAAGAUACAGGCGGCCUACGAUGCGUACAAGGAGAAACUUCAGGUCCAAAUGGCGAAGACGUUCGUGCAGCAACACAAAGGCGAAGAGUGGUUCAAGGAGCGCUAUGACCCAGAGGCUCGUGAUGCGUUCCGGCAGCACCUUAGCGAGUACAGGAGCGGGAUUUACAGCAAUUGGGAACGCGACUUGGAGAAUGGCUCUUUCGAUGACUUCACGCUUGAGGGUAUCUACAAGAACGAGAGCAAUGGAGCCGGUGGUGUCAUCGAGAAAGAAGAGGGCGAGACCACGGCCGCGAAUGAAGUUCUUGGCGUGGGUGAUCUCCUACCUUCCAAGGGGGGUGACCUUCGCGAUGAGGCGGCACUUCAGCCUACUCUGCUCAUCAAGACUAUUGCCCCCACUGUCAGUCGAACGAAGAUGGAAGCAUUCUGCAAAGAGCAUUUGGGAGAAGGCGAAGGUGGUUUCAAAUGGCUGAGUUUGAGCGAUCCCAACCCGCUUAAGAAGUGCCAUCGCAUCGGUUGGGUCAUCUUGAACCCGAAUACCGAGCAGCUAAUGAAGGACGACCGAGGUGAUGGUCGAGAGGAAGAUGGCGAGGAAGAGGAUGGAACUCGAUCUGAGGCUGAAGUGCCUUUUGUCUCAACUGCAGAGAAGGCAUUGACUGAAAUUAACGGCAAGACAAUCCAGGAUGAGGUCCGUGGCGAUUUCACCUGCCAUGUAGGUGUCCAUGAGCCACCAGCUGCACCUCGGAAGAAGGCUCUCUGGGAUCUGUUCUCAGCACCCGAAAGGAUCGACAGAGAUCUUCAGUUGGCAAUUCGUCUCGUCUCGAAGCUCGACGAAGAAUUAGGGUCCGGUUUCAACGGCGUCGCGAAAAUCGAACAGAAAGUUGAGGCACUUCGGAGCCAGGGUGCAUUGCAACCCCCUAUGAUUGUGCCCAGCGCCCAGAAGAAAGAAGAGAAGGAGCCCGAAGAACCGGAGGAGGGCGAAGACGUCAACUUAGACGAAGAUGAAGGAACCUACGAUGAAGAAGUAGACGACGAGGAACUACUGGCCAAAAAGAAGAAGCUUGAUCUUCUUGUUGAGUACCUCCGUCGUGUUUUCAGCUUCUGUUUUUUCUGCGUGUUCGAGAGUGAUUCAGUUCACGAACUCACGAGAAAGUGCCCCGGUGGACACCUUCGCCGUCCUCGAUCCAGUUUGACCAGCGUGGCAAAGUCGGCGGCAAGAGCCAGUGCCGCAGGACAACCCUUCCCCCUGAAGAAGCAGGAAUCCACCACUGGACCAGAAGAAGAUCCAUCAGCUUCCCCAAAUCAAGAAAGAAAGGCCUUCAAAACUGGCAGCAAAACCCAACAACAGCUACAAAGGGCCUUUAACUGGGUGAAGACGUAUGAGGAUAAACUUCUCCAGAUUCUGGAACCGGAAAAUGUUGAUAUCAAGAAACUUGGUGGAAAGCCUCUUGAAGAAGCUCUGGAGGACGAGCUUAACAAAUACGUCAAGCAGGAAGACGAAGCAAAAUUCCGAUGCAAGGUUCCUGAAUGCACCAAGUUGUUCAAAGGGCAUCCGUUUUGGAGGAAGCACGUGGAGAAGCGACACGCAGAAUGGUUUGAGAAGCUCAAAUAUGAGGUUGAAAUGGUAAACAGGUAUGUGCUGGACCCAGCACACAUUGCACCCUCUCGCAGCGAUGCCAACAGCAACGGUCACUUCCCACUGCACAACAAUGUGCCUACGGGCACGCCGCGCGGUUUCAACCUCGCGAGCAUGCCCUUUGGUUUCCCCGGCAUGCCUCCCAACCCAGCGGCAUUCUCGGCCUUCUUCGGCCAGCAAGGCAUGGCGAACGGACUCAGUGGGAUGGGCGGAGACGACGAUCGCCACGGCGCAGGCCCCAUGCGGCGGAACAACCAAGGGUCCCGCUACAGCAGUCGUGCGGCAGGCCCCUACGAUCGGCAGCAGAAGGAUGCACGCGGCAUGCGCUGGAGCGGAUCUGGCCGGUUGACGCCGCCCAGAGGAAGCGGCGCAAGGCCUGGCACGGGCCGGUUCACCGACGGGGGCUCGGCAGCCAUUGGGCCGCGCGAGGCGGUCCAGGGCCGCAGCCUAAAGAGUUAUGAGGACCUGGACGCAGCAGGCGGCAGCGUUGGAGAGCUCAACUACUAAGCUUGCAGAGGGAGGUGGAUUUGUGGGGGCGGGGGCGGCGACUCUCAGAUUGAUACAUACCUAGUACGAAGUAGCAAGUAAUGCAAGACAGCCCGAGCGCCAAGCUUUGCGGGGAGCUCGUCCAAGCCGGCAGCGUCGGCACCACAU